UCUGUGACCCGGAUGCAUAACAACAGCUGAGCCUGCUGGUCCGUUUUUACGUGAUUCAGGCUGGUCGUUUUGUACAUUUUAACGGUUACCGGUUUAUAAACGGAGCGGACCGGAAGAGGAGGAAUACUGUAUGGAUCCUGUGGCUACAAGCCUAAAGUCUGGCGGUGUCAGCAGCCGUUAGCGGAGUCCCGACUGGCGCGAACACUGCGGCGGCUAGCAGUUAGCUGAAGCUAACUACGGCCCCGCGAGCCACAGCAGCCCGGAAAACUGACAUCUGCUGCCGGGAAACCUUCAUCUGCUGCCGGGAAACCUUCAUCCACAGCCGGGAAACCUUCAUCCACAGCCGGGAAACCUUCAUCUACAGCCGGGAAACCUUCAUCUAUAGCCCGGGAAACCUUCAUCCACAGCCGGGAAACCUUCAUCUACAGCCCGGACGCUGUGAGGCGUGAUGGGGAACCAGCUGGCGGGCAUCGCCCCCUCUCAGAUCCUGUCUGUGGACAGUUAUUUCUCAGACAUCCACGACCACGAGUACGAUAAAAGCCUGGGCAGCACUCGAUUCUUCAAGGUGGCCCGGGCCAAGCACCGGGAGGGCCUGGUGGUGGUCAAGGUCUUCGCCAUCCAGGACCCGUCGCUGCCGCUGACGGCCUACAAGCAGGAGCUGGAGGAGCUGAAGAUCCGUCUGCACUCCUGCCAGAACUGCCUGCCCUUCCAGAAGACCUCGCUGAUGGAGAAAGCUGCCAUCCUGUUCCGGCAGUACGUCCGGGACAACCUGUACGACCGCAUCAGCACCCGACCCUUCCUCAACAGCGUGGAGAAGCGCUGGAUCGCCUUCCAGAUCCUCAACGCCGUGGACCAGGCGCACAAGGCCGGCGUGCGCCACGGGGACAUCAAGACGGAGAACGUGAUGGUGACCAGCUGGAACUGGGUCCUGCUCACCGACUUCGCCAGCUUCAAGCCCACCUACCUGCCGGAGGACAACCCCGCCGACUUCAACUACUUCUUCGACACGUCCCGGCGCCGCACCUGCUACAUCGCCCCCGAGAGGUUUGUGGACGGGAGCAUGUUCACCUCGGAGAGCGACCAGAACACGCCGCUGGUGGACCUGACCAACAACAACCAGAGGAGCAGAGGAGAGCUGCGGCAGGCCAUGGACAUCUUCUCUGCAGGCUGCGUGGUGGCAGAGCUGUUCAUGGAGGGCGUGCCUCUCUUCGACCUGUCCCAGCUGCUGGCGUAUCGGAAAGGUCACUUCCAGGUGGAGCAGGUCCUCCUGAAGAUCGAGGACCGGAGCAUCAGAGAGCUGGUGGCUCAGAUGGUCCAGCGGGAGCCGGAGAGGCGUCUGACUGCAGAGGAGUACCUGAAGCAGCAGAGAGGGAAGGCCUUCCCUGACAUCUUCUACACCUUCCUGCAGCCGUACAUGGCUCAGUUCGCCAAGGAGACCUUCCAGUCUGCAGACGAGAGGGUGCUGGUCAUCCGCAAAGACCUGGACAACAUCCUGCACAACCUGCGAGGAGGCUCCUCCUCCUCUUCAUCUCAAGACGACGAUGACGAAGGUGUGCUGAGCUGCAGGGAGGAGCAGGGCCUGGUGGUGCUGGUGUCCGUCAUCACUUCCUGUCUGCAGACGCUGCACUCCUGCGACUCCAAGCUGGCGGCGUUGGAGCUCAUCCUGCACCUGGCUCCACGGCUCAGCGUGGACAUCCUGUUGGACCGCAUCACGCCCUACCUGCUGCACUUCUGCAACGACCCCGUGCCCCGCGUGCGCGCUCAGGCUGUGCGCACUCUCACCAAGGUGCUGGCGCUGGUGAAGGAGGUGCCGAGGAACGACGUGAACAUCUACCCUGAGUACAUCCUGCCGGGCAUCGCUCACCUGGCUCAGGACGACGCCACCAUCGUCAGGCUGGCGUACGCAGAAAACAUCGCCCACCUGGCGGAGAGCGCACUGCGCUUCCUGGAGCUGGUUCAGGAGAACAACGUGAACACGGAGCAGGACCUGAGUGCUGAGGAUACAGAAGAAAACAACCACCCCAACGAGAACUACGACUCAGAGCUGCAGGCGCUGCAUGAGAUGGUGCAGCAGAAGGUGGUGACUCUGCUCAGUGACUCUGAGAACAUCGUCAAACAGUCCCUGAUGGAGAACGGCAUCACUCGUCUCUGCGUGUUCUUCGGCAGACAGAAAGCCAACGACGUCCUGCUCUCCCACAUGAUCACCUUCCUGAACGACAAGAACGACUGGCACCUGAGGGCCGCCUUCUUCGACAGCAUCGUGGCUCCGUUCCUGUGCCACCCCAACCUGUGGAUCCGGUACGGGGCGGUGGGCUUCAUCACGGUGGUGGCUCAGAACCUGAACGUGGCUGACAUCUACUGCAAGCUGCUGCCCCACCUGAACCUGUUCAUCACACAGCCCAUCAUCCAGAUCGAUAAGGAGCUGGUCCUGCUGAGCGUGCUGAAGGAGCCGGUGAGUCGCUCCAUCUUCGACUACGCUCUGCGCUCCAGAGACAUCAGCAGCCUCUUCAGACACCUGCUGCUGCGGCAGAAGAAGAGGGCCGGCUCCAUCCCAGAGUGCCCCGCCCCCGACGACCCGGCCGUCGCUCAGCUCCUGAAGAAGCUGCUGUCUCAGGGCAUGACGGAGGCCGAGGAGGACAAGCUGCUGGCCCUCAGAGACUUCAUGCUCAAGUCCAACAAGGCCAAGGCCAACAUGGGGGACCAGGGUCACCUGGGGGAGGGGGCACAGACCGGGGUCAUCGACCUGGCCACGCUCGGCAUCACGGGUCGACAGGUGGACCUGGUCAAACCCAAACCUGAGGCUGACGACAAGAGAGCCAGGAAACACACCAAGCAGGACUCCAUGAUGAACGAGGAGUGGAAGAGCAUGUUUGGAUCUCAGGAGCCGCCGCCCACCCAGCCUGCAGCGGCUGCAGACGGGCCGGUGACUCAGAUGAAGAAGACGUCUGUGGCUCCGGUGGCGCCUGCAGCGCAGUCUGUGGUGAGCGGCCCCGCCUACCAGCGACGCAUCAACACGUGUAAGGCGGAGCUUCAGCAGCUGGUGCAGCAGAAGAGGGAGCAGUGCAGCGCCGAGCAAAUCGCCAAGCAGAUGAUGGAGAGCGCCGAGUGGGAGAGCCGGCCCCCCCCUCCAGGGUGGCACCCCAAAGGUCUGCUGGUGGCCCACCUGCACGAACACAAAGCUGCCGUGAACCGGAUCAGGGUCUCAGACGAACACUCCAUCUUUGCCACGGCCUCCAACGACGGCUCCGUCAAAGUCUGGAACAGUCUGAAGAUGGAGGGCAAGACCACGACCACGAGGUCCGUGGUGACAUAUUCUCGAGUCGGGGGUCAUGUGAAGACCCUGACGUUUUGUCAGGGCUCACAUUACCUGGCUGUGGCCUCAGAUAACGGAUCGGUCCAGCUGCUCGCAGUCGAAGCCAAUAAACCUCCCAAGUCCCCCAAAGUCCAGCCGUUCCAGUCCAGGUCUCUGGACCUGCAGGAGGACGGCUGCGUGGUGGACCUGCACCACUUUAACUCGGGGGCCCAGUCGGUUCUGGCGUACGCCACAGUGAACGGCUCGUUGGUGGGCUGGGACCUCCGCUCCAACUCCAACGCCUGGACGCUUCGCCAUGACCUGCGUCUGGGACUCAUCACGUCCUUCAGCGUGGACAUGCACCAGUGCUGGCUCUGCUUAGGGACGAGCAACGGCACCAUGGCCUGCUGGGACAUGAGGUUCCAGCUGCCCAUCUCCAACCACUGCCACCCGGCCCGGGCCAGGGUCCGCCGCCUGCUGAUGCACCCCCUGUACCAGUCCUCAGUCAUCGCAGCCGUCCAGGGGAACAACGAGGUGUCCAUCUGGGACAUGGAGACUGGGGACAGGAAGUUCACCCUGUGGGCCAGCUCGGCACCCCCACUGUCUGAGAUGCAGCCGUCUCCUCACAGUGUCCAUGGGAUCUACUGCAGUCCUGCUGAUGGGAACCCUCUGCUGUUGACGGCUGGAUCUGACAUGAGGAUCAGGUUCUGGGACCUGGCCUAUCCUGAGAGGUCUUACAUCGUGGCAGGAGGAGCACAUGACUCGCUGCACUGUCCAUCUGUCCUCUACAGCCGCAAGAUCAUCGAGGGGACCGAGGUGGUCCAGGAGAUCCACAGCAAACAGAAGAGCGGAGCUCCAGAGGACUCUCCUCGCCGCGGCCUGGAGGCGCUGCCUGUCGGCCAUCAUGACAUCAUCACUGACAUCGCCACCUUCCAGACCACGCAGGGCUUCAUCGUCACCUCGUCKCGAGACGGCAUCGUCAAGGUGUGGAAGUGAACACCUGAUGACAUCAUCCUCCUGUCUCUGAAGUGUUAGGACUCGUUCAGAACUGGACUGAUGGACAGGUGAUUGGACAGAGCACCUGUCAGUCACUGUGAUGAAGCAGCCUCAACCAAUCAGAGCAAAGCAGCUGCUUGUCUGACCCGCCUCUCUUCCUGUAGUGUAGCAGGAAGAGGAGGCUGCUAUCUGCUGAAACUUUCAAUCUAAUAAAUAUCUUCAACCUCA